CGUUUUUGUACAGUGUGAGUUGGCGACCGACUCGCGCCGCCCGCCCAGACUUGCGCACGCGACGCGGCACGAUCUCUGUCUCUACCAACCAUAACAUAUUUUCUAUCCAGUACAAAGUACGUGCUAUUCUAUAAAAGUAUUUUUUUAACCAAUUAAAAAGUUUGUUCUGUAAAUCAAAAUUAUUAUGUUAAAUUAAGUGAUAAAAACGACAUCGUGUAAGGUAUCAAUUUGUGGUCGCUGAGCUGCGUGAACAAUGGUCGCCGGCGACGUAACGCGGCGCGCCUCCAUAACCGCGCCCUCCAUGCAUCGCCGUCCAUCGGCACGGCGCGGAUCACUCAUAAAAAGUUCACAAACACAGUCACAGGAGGUGCCAUGGGACAUAAUCGAUCGAUGCGCGUUGCCGAUAGUGCUGUGCCACGCGCUCGCCGUAGUAUUGUCGACUGUUCUAAACGCUCUACAUCUCAGCCAAAUAUCAGUGUUCACACUGUUCCUCUGGUUUGCCAUCUCCGUCACUGGGUCACUGUGGUUCUACCACAAUUUACAGGUAACAGCGGCAGGCAAAGCGGUUCUCGUGACCGGUUGUGACAAUGUACUCGGUAACGCACUCGCAAGAAGGCUUGAUGACAUGGGCUACCACGUUUUCGCUGGUUUCCAAACUAAAGCAGGCAACAUCGAUGCUGAUAUGCUCAAAGAAGACUGCUCUGGAAGACUUCACACACUACAGCUUGAUGUCACUUCAGAAACACAGAUACUCUCGGCUUCGUUGUACAUCGUGGAUCACCUGCCAGAGGGCGCUCAAGGCCUUUGGGCGAUUAUCAACUGCGAGUCGUGGUGUGCCCUCGGCGAACUAGAGUGGGUGCCUUUCUCUGUCAUCAAACGUUCCAUGGAUGUGAACCUUUUGGGUCCCGCUAGACUGGUGCAGGUAAUGCUGCCGCUGGUGCGGCGUGCCCGCGGCCGCAUCGUGCUGGCCUCGUCGAUCCUCACCCACGUCGCGGCGCCAGUCCGCGGAGUGCAUGCCGCCUCUCUCGCCGCUCUGGACGCAAUGGCCGCCUGUCUUCGCCGCGAACUUAAGCCCCGUGGGGUUGAUGUCGUGGUGGUAGCAGCCGGUGAGUAUACAACUGGUAGUGCCUGGCUAUCGGAGGAAAAGCUUUUGGAACAAGCUCGUGAUAUGUGGAAGCGACUGAGCGAUGAACAAAAGGGAGCUUAUGGCGAGGACUACUUCGAACAAGCUUUGCGCAGCCUCGAGAAGUACACAAAAAGCGCUGAUGCAGAUCUGUCGGCGGUGACUCGGGCGCUGAGCGACGGUGUGACGCGCACGUUCCCCCUCGCUCGCUACACUCCGGUCUCCCCGAGGGAGAAACUGAAGUCGUUACUCGCCGAACAUAUGCCUCGCUCCCUCUACGAAGGCUUGUACACCGACUAAGCGAAAAACUUGCUCAUUACUAUCGGCCUCAGAUGUUACACUUCGUGGUUGUAGAAAAGUUUCAGAGACUCGUUCCAGCUUGUUCAUUUAUAUCACAUAAAUUAUACUAGUACUCUAUUUAUAAUGAAACAGUGAUAUGAUAACAAUAUUAUGCUAAUGGUACCUCAGUACGCCCAUUCACUUUGUACUUUAAAACUUUCCUUAGACUUAUCGCAAACAGUUCCAACGAAUAAGUUUAGAUGAAGCCUUCGGUCGAACUCAUGGUGUGAACCUUACAGUAAAGUCUUUGAAAUUUAGUACAAUUUAAGAAGUGUUUCUUAGGUCAAAUUAGCGCUCAACAACCAUACGUAUAGGAAAUGGAUAGGACUUACAAUAUUCCUACAGCCUAAUGAGUUGCUAUCACGAAUCAAUUAAAAUGACCCCAGAAGCAACAAAAUUGCUUAUUGCCAAACGAGAUCGACUAUUCUCUGUGUGCAACACAAUAGAAGAUAAUUUCAUUGAAUAAUAAACGGACCCGUAGGCUUUGCCUUUGGACAUGUACCACUGGGUAAGGCUGGUAAAAGUCUAAAAAUAUAAAAAGUCCGUAGGCAUUGAUAAAUGGGCGCAGAAUUUCAGCAAACCCUGUGUAAAAGUUAUCCAGGCGUUCGAUUAAACCGUUUAAUGGUGCCGUUUUAAUUAAGGGCAGAGCUAACGCCAUUAUUAUUUUUCGUCCGAAAUCUUGUUAUUGUAUCAGUAGAUAAAAUAUUAUGUUUGUAUUAUGAAUUGUUUUUGUAAAAAAAAACUAGCCAUUUUGGUUUAAAUUGCUUGUUGUAUUUUUUAAUCUUUAAGUUGUUUAACUUCAUAAAAAAUAUGUUGUCAUCUGUAUAUUUAUAGUAUAUUUGUGAGUUGAAACAUAAACAUCAAAGGUAAUGUUAAUAUGAAAUAAUCUUAAGUUUAUCGGUCAGUGCCUGGCGAUGGUAUCAAUUUAUUGCUCUUUUUAGAAUAUCCGGAUAGUAACACCUAACUGAAUACAUAAUAUCUAUUUGAUAUAGGUCAGUCAUUUGGCACGAGACCAAAUCUUACAUGCACAUACGAGUAUUUCAGUAUUCGGCUGAUACAUUUUAAAAGUGAAAAUAUGUUAUGAUUGUUUAUUUCACAAUGACCAUCGCAAAACAACCAAAUAGUUAUUAAGUUAAAUUGCUAUUAAAAAAUAUAGUUCUACACUUUUAUGUCAUCUACUAAACUAGUCAUACCUGUGAAGUUGCAUAGCAUACGAUUCUUACAUAGGUUCUUUUUAUUUGUGUACAUAAUUACGAUGUAUGUUUUAUUAAUGUUAUAGUAGUGAACAUUGUUGUUCGAUCGAAAAUAAUUUUAGUGAGUGAAUGUAGGUAACCCUUAAUAUAUAGAAGGGGAAUCUUCUAUUUUAGUAAAUGUAUAAUCUGUAAAAUAGUAACAGCAAGUGUACCCAAAAUAUUAUGAAAAAUGCAGCCAGUAGUGUAAUACAAGUUGCGAAGUGACUCCGAACAACCAUCUGCAUUUUGAGAUGCAUUUACGUGCGACAAAAACACGGACCGACGGUAAAAAAUUACCUACAAAAUAUAGUUUUAUUGUGUGACAUCAUUUUUAUGUGACAUGUCGUUUUUAUUAAAAUAAAUCAAUA